AUGCGAUCCUUCUUCAAAAAACCGGAAUGGGCCUCCAAAAGUGGAGACACUCAGCCCGAAUUCUACAGACGGUCUGAACAAAUUUACUCUGACAUUGUCGCAACCAACCGCGCCGCCCACAGGAAGACUAAGUCUCCACCUGACACGGUCGAAGAAGCUAUCACUGAGGACGACAGGUGUUCUAAGCGACCCCGGUUACCUGAAAACUACGGAGAAGUUCCGGAACUUACAGAACCGUCCCAGUUCGCCAGCGAAUCCGACGGAGAAAAGCCUCCGAAUUUAUCCAUCACACAAGACCGGGGCAAUGAAGCCCAACAACCACUCUAUGAGGAAAAACAACUCUAUGAGGAAAAGCAUUCAUCGACAACGGCUGCCGCUGAAUUGCCAGAUUCCGACUUAACGCAGGCCCACAAAUAUGCAGACAGACCAUCGUCUCCCGUCUCUUCGGCCUCCCAUCAGUCAAGGCAGAAUGCAGACCCGGCUGCUCAUCAAACAAAGAACAAGGGCGAAACCAAAGAAAACCCCCCGGAAGACCCUAACACAGAAACAUUCUGCCAGUCUCCGAAUCAAUCACUACCUGAGGUGGACGACACUAUCGUGCAGAUUCUGAUCACUUCUGAGAUUCCGAAUUCCCGAUCUCUGAUUGUGCAUCGCAAGAUGUCCCAGGGGCUGAGAGAUGUGCGUGUGGAAUGGUGCAAGCGUCAAGGAAUUCCUACAGAGAUGCAAUCAUCUAUUUAUCUCACUUGGCGAGGGCGACGGUUGUUUGAUGUGACGACUUGCCGGAGCCUUGGGGUAAAAGCUGAAAACAAUCGUUCCAUAUUGGGGUUUGAGGAUGACACUGCUGCGGAUCCAGAAGAGCUGCGCAUUCAUAUGGUGGCAACUACUGAAAAUACAGCUCUACUACACUCUGAGCCGUUGCCGUUUAAGAGUGAAAGCACUCAAUUGCCCCCACAAAACCCCGAGGAUGAGCCUAAUCAGCAAAUCAAGCUGAUAUUGAGAAGCCCGGGCUUGGAUGAUUUCAAGAUCAAGGCUAGACCAAAGACAAUGGUGUCUAAGCUGAUCUCGGUCUUCCGAAGCAAACAGAAUGUUUCUGCUGAUCAGAACAUCUUCGUUAUCUUUGACGGGGAUCGACUCGAUCCAGAUACCUGCUUACGCGAGCACGAUAUUGCAAACCUGGAUAUGUUGGAGGUUCAGGUCAAGAAACAAGUAUAA